AUGGCCGCCCGUAAGCGACCUGCUGCCGCCCUCGACGCCUUCCGCGCGACGACGACUCAACAUCAACAAUCGGCGACGUCCCGGUCCUGCAAGAGGAGCCGCGCCUUCAUCGGGUGCACCGACGACUACCAGCAGGUGGAGUGCCUAGGCAAAGGAGGCUUCGGCGUCGUCCUCAGGGUGCGCCACAAAGUCACCAAAAAGGACUUGGCCGUCAAGUUCCUCUCCUCGCCGGACGACACCGAGGAGGGGGCCGACGUCGAAGAUCUUCAUCGGGAGGCCGGAUUCCUCGAGGCAUGCCAAGGAAAUCCUUACGUCGUCGGCUUCGAGGGCAUGGUGCACGACCUGGACGCAGGCGACGUCGGCCUCGCCAUGGAGUACGUCGAGGGGUCUAGCCUCGAGUCUUUACUGUGGGACAGGCGCGACGGCCCGCCGCUCCCGGAAUCCAUGGUGCGCGACUUCAUGUGGAAGCUUCUGAACGGAGCCGAAAAGAUGCACGACCGCCAUGUCGUCCACCGCGACAUCAAGCCCGGCAACAUCCUCGUCGGGGAAACCGGGGAGCUCGUCAAGAUCUGCGACCUUGGGCUCGCCAUCUCCAUGUCCGACAAGCCACCAUACAAUCAGGCCGGCACAUCAUCCUACAUGGCGCCCGAGAUGAUCAUGGGGAAGCGGGACUACGACGCGCUCGUGGACUCGUGGUCCAUCGGCUGCGUCUUUGCCGAACUGCUCACCGGCGCGACGCUGUUCAUGCUCGACGACGAAGAUGAGGAGAAAGACCGGACAAAGAAUGCCAUAAAGCAGCUGGGGAGCAUCUUCCGAGUGCUCGGGGUGCCGGACGAGAGGACGUGGCCAGGGUGCACGUCGCUGCCGCUCACCGUCAAGGCGCCGCAGCUGCUGCAGGAGAGGCACAAGCACAACCGGCUGCGGGAUUUGUUCCCUGAAGAGAAGCUGUCCGAGGAAGGAUUCCAGGUGUUGCAAGGGCUCCUCACAUGCAACCCCGACAAGCGACUGACGGCAGCCGCCGCGCUGAAGCGCCCAUGGUUCGCUGUUCCUCGUUCGGCCGCCGCCGCCGCCUCCACGAAGGCCGACGCUCUGUCGUUUCCUAAAAGGAAGGCACCAAGGAUCAAGUUCAUCCCGCCGGCGAUGCCAGAGAAGAAUGUACUCAAAAUUCCACUGGCCGUGUGGAACGCAACGCAACGGGUGUAA